GCGCGACGGUAGAACACAAAUUUCUUUAUGCAGUCACCAUUUCAUCAUACUGUACAAUCUUUUCUCCCAUUCCUUUACCCUCCUUUCCUUCUCAAUUUGCUCGCCGCUGUACACGUAUUGUAUUGAGCGUGAUCCACGUUUCGUGUCGUAGGACUUAAAGAAUGCGUUACGUGGCCGCUUAUGUACUGGCUGUUCUGGGAGGCAAGGCCUCACCAAGCCAGAAUGAUAUCGAGAAGAUCUUAUCAUCAGUCGGGAUUGAGACAGAUUCUGAAAAACUGAAAAAAGUAAUUUCAGAAUUAAAUGGAAAAUCCAUUGAUGAGUUAAUUACCAAAGGUAGGGAGAAAUUAUCAUCUAUGCCAGUCGGUGGAGCUGCUGCUGCAGGUGCUGCUGCUGCUACUCCUGCUAGUGGCGCAGCAGCUCCAGUGGAAGAGAAGAAGGAGGAAAAGAAACCUGCCAAGGAGGAGUCUGAGUCUGAAGAUGAUGACAUGGGCUUUGGCCUGUUUGACUAGAAAAUUUUUUAACUUGUCAAACAAUUUGGGCUCAGGACAAAACAUGCUAUGUUCUGCAGCAGUAAUGUGAGUUAAUUCCAAUAAAUUUUUGUAUUGUAUAAUUAAUGCAAAAUUUUCAUUACUGCUGAAGAAUAAAGCAUAUCUUUUAAUAAAAUGUAGCCUGACUGUUCCUCGA